UCCCCGCCGCGCCCAGCGCCCAGCGCCGCGGCCCGGACCCUGCCCAGCCCGGCCCCGGCACAGGCUGCGGGAUGGCCGAGGGGGAGAUCAGCACCUUCAGCGCCCUGACGGAGAAGUUCAACCUGCCCCCGGGUAACUACAAGAAGCCCAAACUGCUGUACUGCAGCAACGGGGGGCACUUCCUGCGCAUCCUCCCCGACGGCACCGUGGAUGGCACCAGGGACCGCAGCGACCAGCACAUUCAGCUCCAGCUGAGUGCAGAGAGCGUGGGGGUGGUGCACAUCCAGGGCACCCAGUCGGGGCAGUACCUGGCCAUGGACACCAACGGGCUCCUCUACGGCUCGCAGUUCCUGGGUGAGGAGUGUCUGUUCCUGGAAAGGCUGGAGGAGAACCAUUACAACACCUACGUCUCCAAAAUGCACGCGGACAAGAGCUGGUUCGUGGGGCUGAAGAAGAACGGGAACAGCAAGCUGGGCCCGCGGACUCACUACGGCCAGAAGGCGAUCCUGUUCCUGCCGCUGCCCGUGGCGGCCGACUGAGCCCCAGGCUGAGCCGUGACCCCAAACCCCAAACCCAGCUGCUGCUGCCUCCUUGGAGCCCAGCAGUGACCCCAAACCCCAAACCCAGCUGCUGCUGCCUCCUUGGAGCCCAGCGGUGACCCCAAACCCCAAACCCAGCUGCUGCUGCCUCCGUAGAGCUCAGCAGAGCUCCGAGCUUUAGGCCAAGGCUUUGCCAAACCCAGCCAAAGCAGAGCCCCUUUGCUCUGCACGAAGCUUUGCAGGGACGAGGGGAUGAGCCCUGACACCAUCCCGAGCUCCAUGGGUCCCCAUCUCCCCCUGCCCUCAGCCCCCUGCCCACGUGUGCCAGGACCUUCAGCCCUGUGCCACAUGUGCCAGGACCCUCAGCUGUGUGCCCAUAUGUGCCCAUGUGUGCCCAUGUGUGCCCACGUGUGCCAUGACCACGCUGCAGCUCCCGGGACCUGCCCUGGCCUGGCACCCAGAAACGUGCCCAAGGGUCAUGCCAGUUCCCAGGGAAGUGCACACUUUGUGUCCCCAGGCAUUCUAAGGCUUCCCUGGAUAAAAUAUUUCCCUGUGUUAAUAUAUUUAUCCACCCAGGUGUGCAGCUUCUGACGUGCCCUCGAGCAACUCCAGAUGGCACUGCCAGUCCCGUUAUCCAGCCAGGGCCAGCCUGGUGCUGCCAGCUGGGCAAGUGGAGCUGCACUAGGCAAAGCUCCAGCCUCAGACCUUAUCUCCCUCACAUCAGUAGUGUGUAUGUCAUGCUGGUACCUGCCAUGUGUUGUUUGUAUUUAUUUAUUAAGUAAAUAUGUCUCUUCUACAA